ACCAACCACUCAACACUUAUAUCUUCCUCCUUCAAACUCAAACCUCUAACCCUAAUCUGAAGCCUCGUUCGGGUUCAUCUUCAUCGGAACCCACGCAGGCCAGAUCUAUCUCCUUCAUUUCUUCAUCCUUCCAACUUUAGGUUUGUGUUUGAAGAUCGAAGAUGGUUUCUGACGCUAGCAAGAAGAAAGCUGCCCAGAAGAAAGCCGCCGCCGCUGCUAAGAGAGGUGGUAAAGCCGCCGCAGCUUCUUCUAAAGCCGCUGAUAAGGUCGCCGACCAAGUUGCCGAUAUUCGGAUUUCGGAUCGGACUUGUACUGGUGUCCUCUGCUCUCAUCCUCUUUCCAGAGAUAUUCGGAUAGAGUCCCUAUCAGUUACUUUCCAUGGACACGAUCUCAUAGUUGAUUCUGAAUUGGAGCUGAAUUAUGGAAGACGAUAUGGUUUACUUGGGUUAAAUGGUUGUGGAAAGUCUACUCUGCUUACGGCAAUAGGUUGUCGGGAACUUCCAAUUCCUGAGCACAUGGAUAUUCAUCACCUUAGCAGGGAAAUUGAAGCCUCUGACAUGUCUGCAUUGGAAGCUGUCAUAAGCUGUGAUGAGGAGAGGUUGAAAUUGGAGAAAGAAGCUGAAACUUUGGCAGCUCAGGAUGACGGAGGAGGUGAAUCCCUUGAACGUAUCUAUGAACGGUUGGAUGCCCUAGAUGCAUCAACUGCAGAAAAACGUGCUGCUGAAAUUUUACAUGGUCUUGGUUUUGACAAGCAGAUGCAGGCAAAGAAGACACGUGAUUUUUCUGGAGGAUGGAGAAUGAGAAUUGCAUUAGCACGAGCUUUAUUCAUGAAUCCAACCAUUCUUCUACUUGAUGAACCAACAAAUCAUCUUGAUUUGGAAGCUUGUGUGUGGCUGGAGGAGAGUUUGAAGAAGUUUGAACGUAUUUUGGUUGUGAUAUCACAUUCCCAGGAUUUCCUUAAUGGUGUCUGCACCAAUAUUAUCCACAUGCAGAGUAAAAAACUUAAGAUGUACACUGGUAACUAUGAUCAAUAUGUUCAGACACGUGGUGACUUGGAAGAGAACCAGAUGAAACAGUACAAGUGGGAACAAGAGCAGAUUUCCAACAUGAAGGAAUAUAUUGCAAGAUUUGGUCAUGGUUCGGCUAAACUAGCUCGCCAAGCACAGAGUAAGGAAAAAACACUGGCAAAAAUGGAACGAGGUGGACUUACAGAGAAAGUAGUCAGAGACCAAGUUUUAGUAUUCCGUUUUACUGAUGUAGGAAAACUUCCCCCUCCUGUUCUCCAGUUUGCUGAAGUAUCUUUUGGUUACACUCCUGAGAAUCUCAUCUACAAAAACAUUGACUUUGGAGUUGACUUAGACUCUAGGAUUGCUCUGGUUGGACCAAAUGGUGCUGGAAAGAGUACUCUUCUCAAGCUAAUGACAGGUGAUUUGUUUCCAUCAGAUGGCAUGGUCAAGCGUCAUAAUCAUCUUAGAAUUGCACAAUAUCAUCAGCACUUGGCUGAAAAGUUAGACUUGGACAUGCCUGCCCUUCAGUUUAUGAUGAGAGAAUACCCUGGAAAUGAGGAAGAAAAGAUGAGGGCAGCUAUUGGUAGGUUUGGACUGUCAGGUAAAGCCCAAGUGAUGCCUAUGAAGAACUUGUCUGAUGGGCAAAAGAGUCGAGUGAUAUUUGCGUGGUUAGCUUGGAGGCAGCCACAUUUGCUACUUUUGGAUGAGCCUACUAAUCAUUUAGAUAUUGAGACAAUCGACUCUCUGGCUGAGGCAUUGAAUGAGUGGGAUGGUGGUAUGGUGCUUGUUAGCCAUGACUUUAGGCUCAUCAAUCAGGUGGCCCAUGAGAUAUGGGUGUGUGCUGAACAAACUGUGACCAGAUGGGAAGGUGACAUUAUGGAUUUCAAGAAGCAUCUAAAGGCAAAGGCAGGGAUAUCUGAUUGAAGCAAUUAGUGGGAUAUAGGGAUAGAAAUAGGCCAAAACCACCGCUCUUUGGAGACUUAUGACCUUGCUUACAUCAAGUUCAGACAUUACCGAACUUAUUUAUUAAAUAAAUUGGGUUGCUGGGAUAUUGGCUGUUCCAUAUAUUUACAAGCUAAGAAUUGUAGUACAUCCAAUAUCUUGGUGGGUGCCUCCAUUUUUUGCGAAGUUGGUGGGGAUUGUUGAGUUCAAUGGCAGAAUUGGAAAGCUUGCUAUGAUUUUUGUUUGGGUCGAGAUAUGUCUUUUACACUGGUGGACUUUGAUAUUUUUUUUUCCUUUACUAUUAUUGUGCUUUAUCAUUUAAUUUGCUUGGAUCUUGAGCAAGAUGGAUAAUGGGACAUCAUCUCGAGCUGGAUGUGAUCCCUAUCUGAAUCUUUGAGCGAUGCUUAUUUUAUCAAUUUGUUGUAUGGAGAAUACUAUAUUUUAUGAUUAACGAAAACUAUUAUCAGUUUCUUA